AGAAUGUAUCCCCACUGUGACAUGUAUAAAGUACACGACACGUAAACGUAAGUUCUUCAAAGAGUUCGAGCGAUCCUCGUGAUUGUGAUUAGUGCGAGAGCUACCGGCAUUUAUUAUUUUUUUUAAAGAAAAAUAGAAGACGCUCAAAAAUGCUGAAGGGCACUGUAGCUUUGGUGACUGGUGGUGCUUCCGGAUUAGGCCGUGGAACUGUAGAAAGAUUUGUCAAGCAAGGGGCAAAGGUGGUUAUUGCUGAUUUGCCUGCUUCAAAGGGUAAAACUGUAGCUGAUGAAUUGGGAGAAGCCAAUGCGGUAUUCGCACCUAUGGAUGUAACAUCGGAAACUGAUGUUCAAGCUGCUCUUGAUCUUACGAAACAAAAAUUUGGGAAGCUUGACGUUCUCGUCAAUGCUGCUGGUAUCGCAAUAGCUUUUAAGACAUAUAACAGUAAUAAAAAACUUCCUCACAAAUUGGAGGAUUUCGCUAGAAUUCUCCAUGUCAACACCACCGGUACCUUCAAUGCUAUUCGCCUUUCUGCUGGCUUGAUGAUUGAAAACACACCUAAUCAAGAUGGUCAAAGAGGUGUAAUCGUUAACACCGCGAGUGUCGCCGCUUUUGAUGGUCAAAUAGGACAGGCUGCUUACUCUGCUUCAAAAGGAGCAGUCGUAGGAAUGACUUUGCCUAUCGCCCGCGAUCUCUCCAAGGAUGGAAUUCGUGUUGUAACAAUUGCUCCAGGACUUUUCCAAACUCCAAUGUUAAUGUCACUGCCAGAAAAAGUGCGUACCUUCUUGGCAAAGAGCGUACCGUUUCCUCAAAGAUUAGGAAAUCCUGAUGAGUAUGCCAUGUUGGUACAACAAAUCGUUGAAAAUCCAUUAUUGAAUGGGGAGGUGAUCAGAUUGGAUGGUGCUUUGCGAAUGCAAGCUUGAAUAACUAGCAGUUUUUUAUACUGAUAGAAUUACAGUAUCAGAAAUUUCUCUCGAGUCUUAUAUGACUCCUUUUUGUAUGUAUAUUUGUAUAUACAUAUUAUAUAUAUAUAUAUAUUUACACCCAAUAAAAUUUUAACUUUUGUACAAAUAUUAAUUUUAUUCUCAGAAUUUCUUACUUGAAUACAUUUCCCUUUUUCUUUAGAUUAUAAUUUAGAAAUAAUUUUUUGUUUACAUAUAUAUUUCAUAAAACAUGAAAGGAUUAUUUCAUUUUAUUAAAUAUAUAUAUAAAUAUAAUUAUAAAACAAUAUAAAUAACUGUAAUCUGGUAAAUAUUUUCAAAGCAUUUAUAAAAAUAAAAUCAUUUUCACAUAUGCAACAUUCUAAUUUAUAACUACAAAUGAUUUUUAAAAUUAUAAUUAAUCUUAAUUUUAUUUGCCAUUGUGAUUCUCUUUCUUCCAAUAGAUCUAUAUCUAUAUUCGAUUAGAAAACGUAUGCAUUUUUCUUGAAGUACAUAAUACAAUUUUUUUAAAAAUCAGUUCUUGGAUAUUAGAGAUUUUUUAUAUAUUGGACAAGGAUAAAAUGAAAACAGUGAGGAAUAGUGAAUAAAUAGUCGUUUUUACAU